AUGGUAAGUCAAUAUUCAAAGUAUAUUUUAUAUAUACUUGUUAUUUUUUAUCUUUUAUUCGAUUUUCAUUUUGUAAGUAGUAGCUGUCAUAGUACAUUAAAUAAAGAUGGAUUUUUACUUCCAAUGUAUUUUUCAAAUAAUAUAAACAUCAAAUUUUUAUUUGAUUACUUUCAAGUAAAAAAUAUAUAUCAAUUUGUUUUUUGUAAUAUUUUAUGUAUAUUAUUGGGAUUUAUAUCUAUAUAUAUAAAGAUGACAAAAAAAGGAUUUGAUAAAAAAAAUAAUAUAGAAUCAGGAGAAAAAAGACAUUUCUUAAAUAUACAUAUUAAUAAAAAUCUUAUAUAUGGCAUAUUAUCUUUUUUAAAUUAUGCAAUUGAUUAUUUAUUAAUGCUUAUUGUUAUGACUUUUAAUACUUACAUUUUUAUAAGUAUUAUGAUUGGGUUGUCAUCAGCAUAUUUCUUAUAUGGGCAUUUAUUGUAA